ACCAAGCCAAGCCCGAGUGUAAAACUCGUUAUCUAGUCUACUCCACGUGUCAGACGAAAGGUUGGUAGCGUGCAUUUCUGUGGAAAUUAGGUGGAGAAUCUUCACCACAACGUUGCCGUACAUCUUUCGUGUGCUCCCGGGGACCAUACUUUAAAGCCAACCCUCUCCCCACGGUUGCACCCCCGGCAUCUCUCCCCAGCCUUCCUCGUGCAGACAUCACCAUGGCACCUCGCAUCAAGGACAACGACUCCGGUGUACCCACCUACUGGGGGGCAUCUGGCAGAAAGCUUCAAAUUCUCAUCACCAUCGUUGCCACCACCGACUUUUUGCUCUUUGGAUAUGACCAAGGUGUCAUGAGUGGCAUCAUCUCCGCGCCUGCCUUUCAAAACGCUUUCCCCGAGGUCAAGGACGACAGUACUUAUGAGGGUUUCGUCGUCUCCAUCUACGCUGUUGGUUGUUUCCUAGGCGCAUGCUUCAUCUUUGCCUUUGGUGACAAGCUUGGCCGUCGCAAAGCCAUUUUCCUGGGUGCAGCCGUCAUGAUUCUUGGUGUCAUCAUUCAGAUCGCAACGGUACCCGUCGGAAGUGGUGCGACUGCCCAGUUCAUCAUUGGGCGAUGCAUCACUGGCAUUGGCAACGGUAUCAACACGUCCACUAUCCCGACCUACCAAGCAGAGUGUUCCAAGGCAAAGAACCGCGGCAAAGUCAUUUGCAUCGAAGGCAGUAUGGUCGCCAUCGGCACUCUCAUCGCCUACUGGAUCGAUUACGGCUGUCUGUAUGGCCCUGCGGACUUCACCUGGAGGUUCCCUAUCGCCUUCCAGUGUGUCUUUGCUCUCAUCGUCAUCGUCAUGAUGACUGGUCUACCUGAGUCUCCUCGAUGGCUUCUCACACAUCACCACGAAGAAGAAGCUGCUACCAUUCUGGCCGGCUUGAACAGUCUUCGUCGCGACGACCCCGAAGUGCUUGUGCAGAUGGCCAUCAUCAAAGAUGCUGUUCGCGCCUCUGGUGGCGGCGGCAAGGUCCCAACCAGGUCUCUUCUCACAAACGGAAAGCACCAGCAUCUCCGCCGCACUAUCCUGGGUGCCUCUUCUCAGAUGAUGCAACAGCUGUCUGGUUGCAACGCCGUCAUCUACUACUUCCCCAUUCUGUGCCAGAGUGUGCUAGGAACGGACCACAACCUGGCCUUGCUGUUAGGUGGUGUGAACAUGGUGGUUUACGCCAUCUUUGCAUCAACCUCCUUUAUCCUAAUCGAACGUGUUGGUCGCCGCAAGCUUUUCCUCAUCGGUACCGUUGGACAGUGUCUCUCCAUGGUCCUUACAUUCGCAUGCCUAAUCCCAGGUACGAAGUCAACCGCUAAAGGCGCUGCUGUCGGUCUCUUCACCUACAUUGCUUUCUUCGGUGCUACUUGGUUGCCAUUGCCUUGGUUGUACCCGGCCGAGAUCAACCCUCUCAAGACGCGCCAGAAGGCCAACGCUUUCUCGACCAUCAACAACUGGCUCUGGAACUUUUUCAUUGUCAUGAUCACUCCUGUUCUGGUUUCGCAGAUCAAAUGGGGCACUUACCUGCUCUUUGCUGCACUGAACGCUUGCUUCAUCCCUCUCAUUUACUUCUUCUACCCGGAGACCGCCGGCCGCUCUCUCGAAGAGAUUGAUCUCAUCUUCGCCAAGGGUUUCUCGGAGAAGAUGAGCUACGUCAACGCCGCGAAGCAGCUGCCGCCCAUGGAUGAGGCAGAUAUUGCCCAAGCGCAUCGCGACUACGACGACAUGUCGAGUGAUGAGGAGGUGCGAUCUUCUGAUGGCUCGUACAAGGAGAAGAAGCAGCAGGAUGAGGAUCUUGUGCCUCAACAGAAGACGCAGGCCUAAGUCCGUAAAUCCAUGUGUUGAUAGAGGAUGUGGGCGCUGGCCGCAAUAAUUGCGAAUGAGCGCGCUGUGUGCGCUUUAGCAUUGGCCUGCCGAUGCUUGUUAUUGCGUUACGCUUACUAGAAAGAUACCCGACGCUCAGUCGUCAAGUGGAAUGUAGCGAGGACGCAAGAAGGAGAGCAACAUUAAGUUGUUGAGCUCUGGAAGGAAUUUUCCUUCCUUCUUUGGCGGACUGCGUAGGAGUUGUUUUGAUUCUGUAGAUUGACUAUUAUUAUCUUAUACCCAAUAGACGUCU